GCGCGGGAAGCGGGCUCCUCUCGGGCGGUGGCCAAAAACAAGCAGCAGAGAAAGCGCGCAAGGCACCAUGAGUGGAAGGGGCAAGUUCUCCUUGUUGGAUGAUAGUAAUAAAGAGCUUCCCAGAAGUAGCAUGAAAGGUGUGAGGCAAUGUCCUAAGCUACUGAAAGAGCAUUUUACAGAGCCACAUCAAAGAAAUGGUGAUUUGUGUCACAUGUCAAAAGCUCUCAGUGCCGAAGUGUUGCAUGGUGAUGGGAAGGAUGAAGACACUGAUUCGUUUUGUUUCUCUUCUCCAGAAAACAGAACAGACUUUAAAUUUGGGCUGUGUGGCAGCAGCUCGGGAAGACAAGCAAGUUUUUUUGUUUGCAGCCCCUUCAAUCACAAUACCAAAGAGAAAAAUGUUCAGUACCCAUUUCCUUCCGAUGGUGGGCUGAGUGAUGGAUCACCUCUAGCUUCAUCAUCUGACAUGGAGAACAACACUGGAAAAGAUAUUGAUGAAGCUUUGAGCAUAGCUGUUAGUAAUCUUGGCCUCUUCCAUGAUGCAAGCAAGGUGCUGGAAUACUUGGAGUUGAAAGUAAAGCAUAAAAAAGACAAAGUUACAGAAGCGGCAGAUAGAACACUUGAUGAACUUAUUACUCUUCUGUCAAGGAAAAGAAAAUCAUUUGCAGAAUUGAAGGAGAACAUCAACAACUACUGUUCUAGUAUUGCAAAAACUAAGGAAGUCAUCGAAGAGAAGAAGAAGCAGUUGAUUGGUGCCAUUACUACAGCAAAGGAAUUAAAAUUUUCACAUUCUCUAAGAAACUGUUGCGAUCUUGCUCAGAUUAUUUAUGACUUGAAGUUGCCAGUGCAGGCUGAGCUCUCAAGAGUGAAGAAUUUAAAGGACAAAAUACUUUCAAGUGAAGAUUAUGGACAAGACACUCUUAUCCUUGAUGGCCAGGAAGAAAUGCCUGAUGUCGUAAUAGAAGAAAUACUUGAAGAUGGCUUGGAAGGUUUGACAGAAUUGGUGUUGGUAAGCCAUGUUAUAAAUCCAUGCCAUUUCUAUAUUCGGAGAUACUCACAGAAGAAAGAAGCAUUUGCUUUGCAGACGAAAUUGGAAAACUUCUGCUGUAGUAAGAGUUCCUAUCUCUUGCCUUCAGACAUUUUGGAACUAGGUGCUAGAACUUUCAUUAAGAGUAAGGAAACUGGAAUGUGGUGCCGUGGAACUAUCACUGAACUAAUUCCUGUAGCAAGUAAAAGUCGGAGUAAGAAGCCUUGUGGUGCAAUAAGAUACAAAGUGUGUGAUGUUGCAUUACUGAAAGUAUUCCUGAUUGAUUUUGGAAGCUCUGUAGUUCUGAUUUUCUCAGGAUGUGAUCCCACUGAAAGGCCUGAUCCUGCUACUCUGCAAACUAUUGAAACCCAUGACAUUUGUCUGUUUGUGAGGAAGCCUGAUGAGCAGAUUGAGGCAGAGCUUGCAGCCAUUCCUCCUUUAGCAGUACGGUGUUCACUGAAGGAUGUUGUUCCCAAAAAUGAAGAUGAAGGUUGGGGAAAGGAGGCAAAGACAAAAUUUUUAGAAAUGGUACAUAAUAAAGUUGUUUCAAUGAUGGUGUUUAGAGAAGAGGAUGGUGUUCUCAUUGUGGAUCUGAGAAAACCUCCAUUUAAUGAAGUAAGCAGUAAUACACCACUGUCUCUCAAGGAUGCAUUGGUUUUCUUAGAUUUAGCAAGGUUUAAAUUACAACUUCCUAGUCAGUUGGAAAAUUGCAUGGUCUCGCAGUACAGUCCACCAAAUAUUCCACAGGAAGGAGAAGAGGUCUUUGUUGUGGUUUGUCACAUUAAUAGUCCAAGUGAUUUCUAUCUUCGCUUGAGAGAGAGUGUGGAAUCUUUAGCUCUUCCAGAGAAAAUUCAGGAGAUAUAUAAACAAGAGAAUGGUAAAAACUUUGAAAUUUUCUGCCCAGUUGAAGGCCAAGCAUGCAUUGCAAAGCAGGAGGAUGGGAAUUGGUAUAGAGCACAGAUUAUAGGGCUGCCAAGUUGUCGGGAAGUUCUGGUAAAAUACGUUGACUACGGCAACAUUGCUAACCUAACUCAUAAAGACAUACGCAGAGUGAAACAGGAGUUCCUGAGCUUUCCAGAAAAGGCAAUCAGGUGUAGGCUGGCUUGCAUUGAACCAUUCAAAGGGGCACAUGAGUGGAACAGAGAAGCCAAGGAAAGAUUUGAAGAAAUGACUGAAGAUAAACUUAUGUUGUGCUCAGUUAUUGAAAUUUUAGAUAAUAACAUCUUAUCUAUUGAACUCUUCAAUGCCUCUGCUGAUAAUGGGAGAAAAUUUAGUAUUAACUGCCAGCUAGUUGAGGAAGACUUAGCAUCCUACAUACCUGGGUACACCGAAAGAACUGAAGUAAAGCCUAAUGAAAUAUGGGAUGAUCCUCUAGAAGAAAUAUCUAAAACCUCAGAAGCUUUUAUUCCUAUAGACAUGGAAUCUGUGGAUGAAGGAGAUUUCAGAUCACUCUGUAACAAGGAGUUAUAUGGGAGAAUUAGUCAUGUUGUGUCUCCUAGUAAAAUUUUUGUACAGUUGCUGGCAUCAGAAAGUGUACUGAAAAGUUUACAGGAGGAGAUGGCUUCCAUCUACAAAGAAUCCCAGCCACAGUCUGUGAAGUGGGAGAGGGAAAUGCUCUGUGCUGUUUACGUAUGCGAUGUGGAACAGUGGCAGAGAGGUCAGAUCCGCAGGAUUGUCUCUGAAACGAGUGCCGAGGUACUACUUUAUGAUUCUGGAGCUGAAAAAACAGUGGAGGUCAGCUGUCUAAGAAAACUUGAGGAAAACAUGAAGACCAUCAGGACAUUAGCAAUAGAAUGUUCACUGACAGAAAUAAGACCCACAGGUGGAAGCACACAGUGGACAGCAACAGUGUGUGAAUGCUUGUCCUAUUACCUAACUGGAGCACAAGUGAAACUAGUCAUACAGGAAAAUGAUGUGGGUUGUGCAUUGCCUGUGAAAAUUCUUUGCAGAGAUGAAACAGGAAAAAUGACUGAUACUUCUGAAUACCUUAUUGAACAGGGUUUGGCUCUUAGAAACAGAAGAACUGGUAAGGCUGAUGGGGCUUAUUUAGUCUCCAAGGAACAUCUUGAAGUACAUUUCGACCAGGAGAACACACAGCUGGAUGGUUGUAAUUCCAAAAUUUCAUCUGCAAGAAACAGGAUUGUUCCAGAGGAAAAUGCCACUAUUUCAGAGAGUGAACAAAAAUCACUCAAAAUACAUGAGCCAUUGCCUCAUUCAGAAAUGGAUGAAGUAUAUAAAUCUCCCAUUGUUCCUGAAGCAAAAAUAUUCCAGGCUGUAGUGAGUUGUAUUGGAGGUGAUGGAACUAUUUACAUAAUACCAAAAUCAUUUGAAACUGCACUAAACAAAUUGAUGGCUGAAAUACAAAAUACCUUCAAAGGCCUUGGUCUCCUGAUACCCUACUGCUGGAAGAAGGGAGAAGCCUGUGUUGUAAGAGGAUCAGAUACUGUGUGGUAUCGAGCUAAAAUUGUAGAAGUCAGUGGCAGUACUCUCCAGGUACAGUACAUAGAUCGUGGUUACAUAGAGAGCAUUCCUCAGUGUCACCUGUAUCCAACUACAUUUUACACUGGCAUUCCUCCAUUUUGCAUCCCUUGUCAGCUCUACAAGACUCUGCCGAUUGGAAAUUUUUGGCAGCAGGAGGCAGUAGAAUACCUUCAAGAACUUCUCAAAAAUGAAGAGGUUGAAAUUCACGUUAAGGAAUUACCAGAUAACCCAUGGGGCAAGUUGUCCAUCAGCCUCUAUUGUGGGGGGAUGUCGCUUUCGUCCUUCAUGGCAUACCAGAGGUACUGUGUUGCUGAAGAUUGCCAGGACAUACAAAAGCUGGGGGAAUUUGAAGGAGACCUUUUGCCUUCGUACCUGCUGCAACCACUGCCUGUUCCAGGAGAAACCUUUCCUGUCACAGUUACCCACUUGGUGUCCCCCAAGGAGGUUUAUAUUUGUCUUGAUUCUUCUGAGAACCUUACAAAGUGCUCUGCCACAGAGAGAUCUGCCAGCUGUGACUCAGAGAGCCUUAGAAAAGCCCUGAAGUGGUGCAAUAAAAUAGUAAAGACACUUCCUCAUCUAACAGACUUCAAAAAAGAACUGCCUUGCCUUGCAGAGUAUGUGGAUGGUUUAUGGUAUAGAGCAAAGCUCCUCUCUAUUACACAGCUUGUCCCUGUUCAGAUUCUGGUUCAGUUUGUUGACUAUGGUACUUACUUAGUUGCCCCAACAAGCAGAUUGCGUCACAUACCUUGUCAUCUGCUGAAGUAUCCAGUUCAAGCAGUACGAGUUCUGUUGGCUGGAUUUAGACCUGCUUCGGAUGACAAAAACAUGGAAAGAAUUCCUUAUUCCCCAGAAUGGAGCCUGAAAGCAUUGUGGACCAUGGUGGACUGUGUUGAAGGAAAGCGUCUCUCUGCUUCCAUACUUACUGUUUCACCAGAGGUUACCAUUUCUUUGUAUGGAGAUGACAAAAAUCUGGUUCAUCUGAAGCUGAUAGAAAUGGGUCUUGCAGAGUUGGAUCAGUGAACAUGUUUAUUUGGUGACAGACAUCUCCAUCCAGCACCAGAUAGGGAGCAAACAGCUGGGGCUGCAUUACUUACUUUGUUCUGGAACAUGUUUGAUUUGUUGCUGGUUUCUGUUUCCACUUUCAGGUGCUGUUACACCUCUUUCACUUCAGAGUUUGGGAAUAAACAGUUUGGUCAGCAUGCA